AUGACUAGUAAAGCUCAAUAUGAACAAAUGAAUGUACCAAUAGCUUUUGCUUGUGCACAAGAAGAUCAUAGUUUUUCUGAUACAUUUCGUGCAGAAGUAGAACAGAUUCUAGCAGGCAAACCAGAAGUACCGAACAAAUUUCUUUUAACUGAGGGAACAGUACAUGGUUUUGCUGCACGACCUAAUCCAGAUAAUCCUGUCGUUAUGAAAGGGUAUACACAAGCCAAUGAUUUAAUCGCAGAAUGGGCUAAAACGCAUCUCUAA